AUGAAUCGUUUCAACAUACCACAACUUAUACAGAAAGUCAAUUACUCAACAACGAAACCAAUCUUACUUAACAAAACCAUCAAGACAUUGCUCAGUGAGGAUAGCGCCAAUGUAGCUGUCCGAGGCUGGAUUCGUUCUGUGCGCAAACAAAAGCAAGUUAGCUUUGCUACUAUCAAUGAUGGCUCCAACUUGAAAGGCAUUCAAGCAAUUCUUAGCGGCGAAGAUGCAGAAAAAUUGUCAACUGGUGCCUGUGUCGAAUUGCAUGGUUCAUUAAUACCUAGUCCCGGCAAGGAACAAAGCAAAGAACUAAAAGUAGAUAGCAUUAAAGUGCUGGGCGAAUGCGAUUCGACGUAUCCAUUGCAAAAGAAGCGUCAUUCUACAGAGUUUCUAAGAAGCAUUGGACAUUUGAGAAUGCGUGGCAAUACAGGAAGUGCAGUUCUCAGAGUUAGAAAUGCUGCCAGCGAGGGGCUCCGAGAUUUCUUUAGAGAUCAAGAAUUCAUAUUGACAAACACACCCAUUUUGACAUCGCAUGAUUGUGAAGGGGGCGGAGAAGUUUUCAAGGUCUCUCCCAUCGAUACAACAGAUCCAGUGGAAUUCUUCAAAAAGCCAGUGUAUCUAACAGUAUCUGGACAAUUACAUGCAGAGAUCACAGCUUCAGCCAUGUCUCGUGUCUACACAUUUGGACCCGUGUUUAGAGCAGAGGAAUCAUUGACAUCCCGUCAUUUGUCUGAAUUUUGGAUGUUGGAAGCGGAAAUGGCCUUUAUCGAUGAAUUAGCACCCUUACUUGAUGUGACAGAGGGCAGUGUACAACAAACCACGCGUCAUGUACUGGAUACCUGUAGCGAGGAUCUCGAGUUUUUCAAUCAAUGGGUCGACAAGUCAUUAUUAGAGCGAUUACACAAAAGUGUUGACAAACCAUUUGCAAGAAUGACAUACACAGAGGCCAUCGACGUGUUGCAAAAGGUGCAAGAUAAGGAGAAGAACAAGUUCAAGUUUCCUACGACGUGGGGAUCCAGUCUUCAAUCAGAGCAUGAGCGUUAUUUAGCAUCAGAAUACUGUGGCCAACCUGUCUUUGUUACUGACUAUCCCUCAGAACUGAAGCCUUUCUACAUGAGAGCCAAUUCAGACGGAAAGACGGUGGGAUGCUUUGAUUUGUUACUGCCUGGCAUUGGAGAACUUGUUGGGGGUUCUAUGCGUGAAGAACGAUAUCAGAUCUUGGAACAAAAGAUGAAGGAUGCUAAAAUGAACAUGGAGGAUUAUCAAUGGUACCUUGAUUUACGUAAAUACGGCAGCGCUCCUCAUGGUGGUUACGGUAUUGGCUUCGAGCGUUUGUUACUGUGGCUCACUGGUUUAGAAAAUGUUCGUGAAGUCAUCCCAAUGCCUAGAUGGGUUGGCAACUGCAAAUAUUAG